AUAUAUAUAUAUAUAAAUAUUGGUGUACGGGGGUACCACCGGGUUUUUUUUUGUUGUUGGUUUUAUUUCAGGGCAAUUUUUUGGUGAUUCGACCGGACGAGAGGAAGAUUGUAGUAAAUUGUUGUGUUGUGAUUCAAAAUUUACAUGGUAAAAAUGCAUCCAUGCACAAAACCCCUGCCCGUCGAAGAUCCGGACGGCGAUCAAAGAUGGAUGAGUAUUCACAAUCGAUUCCUGUCGGAGACCAGGGAGAAAGACGCUGACGUGAUUUUCAUUGGUGAUUCUAUACUGCAAGCCCUGCAACAUACAGACAUCUGGAAUGAGUUAUUCGCACCGUUGCAUUGCCUCAAUUUUGGUAUACAUAGGGACCUAAUACAAAACGUGCUGUGGCGCAUCCAGAAUGGUGAAUUGGACAAUGUGAGACCCAAGGCAGUUGUCCUGCAUGUGGGAACAAAUAACCAUCAAAACACUCCCGAGGAAAUUGUCGAUGGGAUUACAGAAAUAAUCAAUAGUAUCAAAGAAAAGUUACCUGAUGUAUAUAUUGUUGUUCCUAGCCUGCUACCAAGGGGACAACAUCCAAAUGUAAUAAGGGACAAAAUAAAUCUGGUCAACGAGAUUUUGAAGAGUCGACUUCCGAUUAUUCCCAAAGUAGAACUGAUUGCAAUAGAUAAGGGAUUCAUCCAGCCAGAUGGCACAAUAAGUCAUCACGAUAUGCAUGAUUAUCUGCUUCUUACAAAUGCUGGCAGCAAGAAAGCUUUUGAGCCAGUCCAUGAGCUGCUUCUUCAGCUGCUGAAUGAAGGUGAACCUGAGAAGGACCUGACACCAUCUGAAUAAAACUCGGAUUUAUACAUUUUCAUCAUCAAUUCUAGUGCUUUGUUGGACCAUGUGCACAUUAUUUUUUGUUUGUCAUCAUUGUCUCUUCUUUUUCUCUCUCUCACUCACUCUCUGAUGAUCCAGUCUUGUGUGUGUGUAUCUGUGUUUGCAUACCAUUUGCGGCUUUCUUUCUUUCUUUUUUUUUUCUGUGAAAAGAAAAUUCAUAACAAAAGGGAGACAAAGAGUAUGAGAAAUGUAGGAGGAGAAGGAAAUAAGUGAAGUUUUCUAUCGUGUUAGUAAACAUUCCUAAAAACCAUCAAGCAGUGAGCGUUUUCAAAAGUUUAUAUUGCUGCUCUUUCAGGAAAAAUCUAUAAUUCUUCUUCUUAUUACUAUUAUUCUAUUGGAUGAAAAUCUGCCAAAAAAAAAAACAUUACUGCACUCUUUGAUUUAAGAUUAAUAUAUUUAUUUAAAGCGUAUUUAUUCUAUUAUUGUAAUUAUAAUGUGCAAAAAUACAUGCUUCAAUCAGUAUUUUGUAUAAUUUGUACACAAAAAAUAAACGAAAUAAAA